CGGGGGAGGGGCGCGAGGGGCUUGCCCGGGCCGACCUUGCCCCUGUCACCCUGCAGCGCAGCCCGAGCGUUUGGAGAAUACCUGUCCCAGAGUCACCCUGAGAGCCGCAACGGGGCAGACCACCUGCUGGCUGACGCCUACUCUGGCCACGACGGGUCUCCGGAGAUGCAGCCAGCCCCCCAGAACAAGCGCCGCCUGUCCCUCAUCUCCAACGGCCGCUAUGAGGGCAGCCUCUCUGAUGAGGCUGUCAGCAGGAAGCCAGCUGCCGAGGGCCCUCAACCCCGUGUGUACACCAUCUCAGGGGAGCCAGCCCUGCUGCCUGGCCCCGAGGCCGAAGCCAUUGAGCUGGCAGUGGUGAAGGGGCAGCGGCAGCGGGAACGGCACUCUCACCACCACAGCCAGCCCCUCCGAGCCAGCCCAGGCAGCAGCCGCGAGGACAUCAGCAGGCCCUGCCAGAGUUGGGGGGGCAGCCGCCAGGGCUCCAAAGAAUGUCCUGCAUGUGCCCAGCUAGCCCCUGGGCCCUCCCCACGGGCCUUUGGGCUGGAUCAGCCACCCCUGCCGGAGGCCUCUGGCCGCCGCAAGAAGCUAGAGAGGAUGUACAGCGUCGAUCGAGUGUCAGAUGACGUUCCCAUCCGCACAUGGUUCCCCAAGGAGAACCUGUUCAGCUUUCAUACGGCAACCACAACUAUGCAAGCCAUUUCGGUGUUCAGGGGCUACGCGGAGAGGAAGCGCCGGAAACGGGAGAAUGAUUCCGCGUCCGUAAUCCAGAGGAACUUCCGCAAGCAUCUGCGCAUGGUCGGCAGCCGGCGGGUGAAGGCCCAGACGUUCGCUGAGCGGCGCGAGCGGAGCUUCAGCCGGUCCUGGAGCGACCCCACCCCCAUGAAAGCCGACACUUCCCACGACUCCCGAGAUAGCAGUGACCUUCAGAGCUCACACUGCACACUGGACGAGGCCUGUGAAGACCUGGACUGGGAAACGGAGAAGGGCCUGGAGGCCAUGGCCUGCAACACCGAGGGCUUCCUGCCACCCAAGGUUAUGCUCAUCUCUUCCAAGGUGCCCAAAGCCGAGUACAUCCCCACCAUCAUCCGCAGGGAUGACCCCUCCAUCAUCCCCAUCCUCUACGACCACGAGCAUGCGACCUUCGAGGACAUCCUGGAGGAGAUAGAGAAGAAGCUGAGCGUGUAUCACAAGGGGGCCAAGAUCUGGAAGAUGCUGAUAUUCUGUCAGGGAGGCCCUGGACACCUCUAUCUGCUCAAGAACAAGGUGGCCACCUUUGCCAAAGUGGAAAAGGAAGAGGACAUGAUCCACUUCUGGAAGAGGUUGAGCCGCCUAAUGAGCAAGGUGAACCCAGAGCCGAAUGUCAUCCACAUCAUGGGCUGCUACAUCCUGGGGAACCCCAAUGGGGAGAAGCUGUUCCAGAACCUCAGGAACCUCAUGACUCCCUACAGGGUCACCUUCGAGUCACCCCUGGAGCUGUCUGCCCAAGGAAAGCAGAUGAUCGAGACCUACUUUGACUUCCGGCUGUACCGCCUAUGGAAGAGCCGCCAGCACUCGAAGCUGCUGGACCUCGAUGAGGUCCUGUGAGGGGCCCAGGCCACGCCAGCCACCUCCAGGCCAUGGCCAUUGCACCCAGGACCCAUGGCCCUGGUCUUGCCCAGAGCUCUUCAGGGCCUCAGGAGGUCACUCAGGUUCUCAUGGGGUCAGGUCCUCACUGCGCCCAUGGCCCCAAGGCUGCAGUCCCGGGCCAGUAGACCCUCAGCGGCUGGGGCACCAACCUGCCAUGCCUCGCCUGGAGGCCGCAGUGUUCAAAUCCCCUCCUUGGGGUUCAUAGAAAUAAGUGCAAUUUCUUAUGCCCCUGAAACAGUCUGAAGGGAAGCAGCAUUACUAGUUAACUAGUUACUGCAUAGAUUACCCGGCCCAGUGUGUGUCCAGGUCCACUUAUCCCCCAGUCUCUCAGCCCUGCCGUAUUUGAUCACCAGCACCAGGGUGGCCUGUCUGUCAGCUUCCCCCUUCUUCCCCCUCACCGUACCCUGCUCACUGACCUCAGCCAGCACUAGGCCUGGCAAAGGGCAGCCGGGCAGGAGGAGGCGGCAGGGGGUGGGGGUCACUCCCAUUGCCCUGAGUCCAGCAGCUCUUGCUUUUGCCGGCCUUGGUUGGAGGCCUCCUCCCCGCACAGAGGACUGGCACCGGGCUGGGCCCUGGAGGGUGAGAACCAUAUAGAUGCUAUUGGCCCCAGCACUUCAGGCCUGAAACCAAGGAGCUGGUGGGUGGCAGGGGUCCCGGGCUCCACUCUCCGCCUUGCCCAGGGCCCACAGGUGGACUCUCUUGUACAUAGCUGGGGCUUGGGGGCAGGCCCCCCUUUUGCAGAGCCCAGGGUCAAGGGCACCUGUCUGUGUCCCUGGCCAGGGAUGGGGCUGGGCUCUAAACAAUGUACGAUACCCCUAGAGUGACCAUUAAACCUGAUCCUCUGCUG